AUGGCCGGACCAAUGGUACACGCUGUGCUGGUAACAGCCCUGCUCUGGAGCAAUGCAGCCGCACAGCAAUUCGUUAUGUAUUCACCUACAGUUGAUGACACUUCAAUCCAGAGGAUUGAUCCCAUCAUCGCACCUGGAGGACUGUCCGGCCACGCUCACCAUUUUUUUGGUGCCAACAAGCUCUCUCCCACGCUCGACUACGAUGAACUACAGUCGUCGACAUGCACAACAGUCGGUUCCGCUGGUUUCCAAGGAAAUGCCGUCGACCACAGCAUCUACUGGCACCCAGCAUUGUAUAUGGAGUCAAGCGACGAAUCUGAAGGCUACAUCCGCGUUCCUAUCAAAGGCCACAAGCUAUACUACAUCGAUGUCGGCACUGGAGAGAAAGCGGAACCGUUCGAAUUUCCCAAGGGCUUCAGGAUGAUUUCGGGUGAUCCAUACGCACGAUCGUCCACUGGCAGUAACGCCAUUGACUGGAAAUGCAAUAACGGCGGCUCUACUAACGUUGGAGACAGUGGAGGCUUCCCCACUGGGGUCAGCACUUGUUCCGACUACCCAUACUUCUUCGGAACUGUCAGUUUCCCCCACUGCUGGAACGGCGACGACUACGAUCCUUCCAACCCAAGCGCACACAUGGCAUAUGCAGAGGGGGAUCCCAAAGGUGGCGCCUGUCCAAGCUCUCAUCCUCGCCGCCUGCCGCAUCUUCUCAUCGAGAACUUCUUUGACAUUGAUGCGGUGGCUGACAAAGUCAAACCAGACUCCUUCGUUCUCGCACAGGGUGACAAUACGGGUUUUGGCAUGCAUCAGGAUUUCUUCAAUGGCUGGGAAGAGGGCGCUCUACCCGAUCUCUUGUCUACAUGCCCGCAGCCAAAGUUUGGGAACGACGACGUCGGCAGCUGCUCGAACUUCAAGUCCAGUGGAUCUGCGGAGAGCUGCAGCUUACCUGUGCAGUACAAGGAGAACGUAGACAGCCCUGGCAAGUUUCUCCCCGGCUGCAAUCCAAUCUCCGACAGCAAUCCGGCGCCCCAGAUGGCCGUUGCGCCGCUUGGAUCGGCAACGGACUCCUGCGCUCCAGGGGGCGGCGGUGAUGGUAGUCCUUCCGAAGGCUCUCCUCCUGCAAGCAGCUCUGCGGCGCCUGUGGCUAGCUCUGCACCUGCAUACGAGUCUCCAGGAACAACGGCAGCCACCACAAAUGAAGCUACCCCAUUGACGACUGGAGAGGCCACGCAAAUCGCGACUGGCGAGACCACACCAUUGACGACUGAAGAGACCACGGCAAUGACGACUGGCGAAACCACACCGCUGACCACUGAGGAGACUACGCCGUUGAGCACAGGGGAGACCAUGCCAAUUACUACUGAGGAGACCGCACCGUUCACCACUGCCGAGACCACGCCAAUUACCACUGGAGACACCACACCGUUGACCACUGGAGACACCACACCAAUUACCGCUGAAGAAACUACACCAUAUGAGACGUUCCCUACCGAAUACCCGACUGCAGCAACGACGCCUGAUCCAUACGCCUCACCCACGGCAGAGCUAACGACACUCGUGACGGUCUUUGCAACGGCUUCACCGAUAUAUUCGCCUCCGGUUGAGGCGCCAACAAGCGUCAGACUAAGACAUCGCCGUCACGCGAGGAGACAUGCUCGACCAGAUGGGAGCUGGAGUGGAUGA